GCAUACCUUCUAAGAUAACUUUCAUAAAGCUGCCGACAAAAAUGCAUCAGGCUGUUUUCUCCACAGCGUGUAGUAAAUAAAAUGGUUUUCUCUGUUUUUAAAGCUUGAGAUGGCUUUUUACCAUUAAAAAAUCACAUGUUAAGUUAUACUUCACCAAUAAUACAAACAUAGCCCAUCGACUCCUAUAAUAGGAACGAAUUUAUCCCGUAUUUGUAACGCAUUUGCAGUAAGCUGGCUGAUCAUCGCUGAUGUGCAGUGUUUUUGGAGCAUGUUAUCAGAAAUGUUCUUGCGCUUGAUAAAAAAUAACGCUACGAACAAGCUACGAAAGACUUGAAAUAAGAUUAUUGUAAAAAAUAAUACAACUGUUAAUAAUAUUUUGCAAACUUUCAAUGAAAGGAAGCCAAAUUUGCCAAGAACCAACGAUGAAUGUCGAUCGUUUUUAGUACUACAUUUCUUUUGCAUUGUUAUGGAUGUUCGUCAGAGUGACCUUGAGGUGUUGAGUCACUGUUUUGGAUUAUUGCGUUGUGCGCAAGUUGUGCGCCUUUGUGAAGGUGAGCGUGAAAUUAUCGUUAUUCGCGGUCGAAAAUUAGUUCAAGAGGACAGCCUGACAGUUCUCCUUUUUACACUCUGCUCUGCGCAUCGUUGUGGUGGUCACCAUGAAGUGGCAAUACAAAGAAGAACACCCGUUUGAGAAGAGACGGGCUGAGGGCGAUAAAAUAAGAAAGAAGUAUCCUGACAGAGUUCCUGUCAUUGUGGAGAAGGCCCCUAAGGCAAGGAUUGGAGACCUGGACAAGAAGAAGUACCUGGUGCCAUCAGACCUGACUGUGGGCCAGUUCUACUUCCUCAUCAGGAAGCGGAUCCACCUGCGGCCAGAGGACGCCCUCUUCUUUUUUGUCAACAAUGUGAUCCCUCCGACCUCAGCGACCAUGGGCACGCUAUACCAGGAGCACCACGAGGAGGACUUUUUCCUGUACAUCGCCUACAGCGACGAGAGCGUAUACGGUCUGUAGAUGGGCGGCGGGCUGUCCUCGCGCGCCUGCUCAGGAGAGGGGCCCCGCCCGGGGCGACCAUGGCGGACGCACGCGGCGCGCACCGCGGUACUGCCGAGCCGCGCUCCCGGCUAGCUGCGGCGACACGGGCGCGCCGGAAUGUUGUCAGACGUAGGCUUGCACAGGACCAGAAAAGCAAAUAUAAAAACGGUGAUAUUUGACCGCAUUUGCGCGUUUCGGCUAUUGUGUGGUUGAUUUAGUUAGCGGCGUGUUUCUUUGUUGCGUGUUAGCGAUAAUGGGACACUUUGGGUUUCACGCCUUUGAAUACUAGCUGUCACGUGUGUCCCGUUUUACGCCUGGGAGCCUGGGCGGUCAUGAUAAUCCCGUGCGUUUAUAUAUUAAGAUAAGUGUGGGCUGUGGACACGGUGGGCGCUAAUCCUAAGCUAGGUCCACGGAGCCGCGUUCUUUAGUUUAUCGCGCGAUAGUGCGGGACUCUGUAUUCGAUCGCCGCGGAUCUUAACGGUAACUUAGCAAAUUGUUGUCUUUCCGUGUGGCGUGACUGCGAGCUACGGAUGGUGCCGACGGUCUACAGGUUGUCGGCUUGUUUUGCCAAGACAGCGUCGACGUUGGAAUUUUCACGCACCCGGUGGAUCCCUCCUGAACAAUUGGCGCGGCUUCAUGCGAUGACUCUAUUCCGUUGGCUCGAAAACCUAUCAGUUCGCUUAGUUUAUGUGAUAAAAUACACCUAAAAACACCA